UUCAUACUGGACCCCCACAGGGAGCCACGCAUGCCCAGCCAGGGCACUGUUCCAGCUGAUGCCCCAGAGUGCCCACACAUCUCAAGAGGGGUUCUGGGCCCUGCCCUGCCCUCUCAUGGCACACGAGUCUGAUGGUGAGCCCACUGGGCUAUUGGACCUCAGUUUCCUGACGGAGGAAGAGCAGGAGGCGAUUGCCGAUGUCCUGAAGAGAGAUGCACACCUGCGCCAGCUGGAGGAGGGCCGUGUAAGCAAGCUCCGGGCUUCACUGGCAGAUCCUGGGCAGCUGAAAGUCCUGACAGGGGACUGGUUUCAGGAGGCACGCGCCCAGCGACACCAGCACACCCACCUUGGCUCCGAUCUUGUUCGAGCCUCUUUCCGCCGGAAGAAGAGUUCCAGGGGAGACCAGUCUCCAGGCCUCCAGGAGGCUGAGGUUGCUGGGAAAGAGAAUGAAGAGGAGUCAGAGCCCAGACCUGCUGUCUGUGAGGUCCCCCAAGAGGGACUCCUCAAGGUUGAUGAGGCACCUGAUUUCUCGACACCAUAUGCAUCCCCCUGGGCUUCUGAUCAGGAGGAACCCCAAGCCCAGGAAGCCCAGACACCUGGAGCCGAGCAGGCCCGCUCCAAAGUGGAGGCGUCGCCGGAGCCGCGGUCACCGGGUGGGGAGAAGCCAACACCCGGUCCAGUCCAGAACCAGGCAGCAUCCGAGACCCUGGAGAAUGGGGAGGAGGAGACGGAGACAAAGGGGCGCUGUCCCUCAUUCGACCGCAUGCUCAGCAGCAGCUCCUCAGUGUCCAGCCUCAACUCCUCCACGCUGAGCGGCAGCCAGAUGAGCCUGUCCGGGGAGGCGGAGGCGGGCGCGGUGCAGGUGCGCGGCUCGGUGCACUUGGCGCUGCGCUACGAGCCGGGCGCCGCCGCGCUGCGCGUGCACGUGAUCCAGUGCCAGGGCCUGGCCGCCGCGCGACGCCGCCGCUCCGACCCCUACGUCAAAAGCUACCUCCUCCCAGAUAAGCUGAGCAAGCGCAAGACGGCGGUGAAGAAACGCAAUCUGAACCCCGUCUUCAAUGAGAUUCUGCAGUACACAGUCCCGCAGGCCGAGCUCCUGGGCCGCGUGCUCAGCCUGUCGGUGUGGCACCGCGAAAGCCUGGGUCGCAACGUCUUUCUGGGCGAAGUCGAAGUGCCCCUGGACACGUGGAACUGGGACUCUGAGGCCACUUGGCUCCCCCUGCAGCCCCGGGUCCCUUCUUCUCCCGACGACCUCCCUAAUCGUGGGCUGCUCUCGCUGUCCCUCAAGUACGUCCCAGCCGGUGCUGAGGGCGCAGAUCAGCCCCCGAGCGGGGAGCUGCACUUCUGGGUGAAGGAAGCCCAGGACCUCAUUCCGCUGCGUUCAGGAACCCUGGAUUCCUAUGUACAAUGUUCUGUGCUGCCUGAUGACAGCCGGGCUGGCCGUCAGCGGACAAGGGUGGUGCGCCGCAGCCUCAGCCCCAUGUUCAACCACACUAUGGUCUACGAUGGCUUUGGGCCUGCAGACCUACGCCAAGCCUGUGCUGAGCUCUCCCUCUGGGACCAUGGGACUCUGGCUAGCCGUCAGCUGGGGGGGACACGUCUCAGCCUGGGCACAGGUAGCAGCUAUGGGCUGCAGGUACCCUGGAUGGAUUCCACCCCUGAGGAGAAGCAGCUGUGGCAGUCACUCCUGGAGCGGCCUUGCGAGUGGGUGGAUGGCCUCCUUCCCCUCCGGACCAACCUGGUCCCCAGGUCAUAGCUGUGACUCCAGCCCUGCACCCCUGUGUCAGACUAGCCAAGGUCAAUAAACUCUAUCCCAAGGGCAA